UUUCAGGCAACUGAUCAAAAGAAAUUCGAGGACAUCUGGGUCAUGAACGAAGAACAGGUUAGAGAUCUGGUGAAGAAGGUCUGUGAUGCCGACAGAAUCAUCUGUGAACAGCAGUUAGGAUUACCAUGGGAACCACAUGAUCUUGAGGUGUUUGAUAAACUGCCUGGUCUGAAUAAAGGAUUAAUAGAGAAAGAGCGAGAGCAACAACCAUCCGCGACACAGGUCGCACAUGACAUCAUGACAGGAGUUAUUACCGAUGAAGACACUGUCAGACAGGACCAGAGUGUGGUCAGCGGUAGUAUCAAGGACAGCGAAAGUCGCUCACAACCUAAACUACCUGCCAGAGUUAUCAAGUCUAUACUAGAGCUCGUUUGUGAUGAAUCGGGAUUUCUUGUAGAAUCUAAGUUGAACAAGCUUCUUGCUCCUCUUGACAAAGACGAACAGUCGCUGAUGAAACUGGACGCCAUUUUUGCGGCCCUUGGCAUCGACACGGAAGACGAUAUCUACGUUCUUGCGCAGUACUUCGUUAAAAAUGACCCCGAAAAUCCCGAAGAGGCAGACCAGCCAGUUAACGACAAGGAAAAAGAUGACGUAAAGAUUGCUGAUGAGGACAAACCGGAAAAACAGGACAAACAGGAAGUGGAAGGGGAGGACGUUAUGUCCGAGAAGUCGUCUGUUAGUACGAGAAAGCAGGAGACUGCCAAGCUGAUUCACCCUAAUGAUGUCGUUGCUGCCUUGAGGACCUUUGUUGAGGAUAACCGACAGACGCAAAAGGAUACCAAGCGACAUACUGUGAAGGUCGAAGCGGGCUCUACAAAACAAAUCGGGUAAUGAGAUAAUGAGCAUCGCUUUAAUAUGAUUUACCCUGAUUUGAAUUAAAAAUGAUAAGAACAUUUUGCGCAUUUAAAAGUUUUCAGCGCUGUAUUGACCGUUUCCGAAUUCUCUAUACCAAAAUCUUUUUCAUCGSCAUUUCAUUCGCCUUCGUAGUCAUUAAUGCUUUGCUAWCUCGACAGYGURCACCCRGAGUUCUGGGAACAGACCGSAUCAGUGAUAGACGAGAAAAAAGAACGACUAUGGAACGGGCUACUUCUUGGUUUUGAGAAAUAUCUGAAUGUCUUGACAGAAAGAGCAGGAUUAAUACAAGAAACGGACGCACUUCGGCAACAGAAUGCUGAGUUACGAAUGCUGCUUCACCAAUACGUUAAUUCAAGGGUCAACCAAGAGCUAGAAAUUCCACCAACUAAAAUAUUACAAGCAGAACUGUCCAAGGAAGCCUCGUGAUUUUGGUUUUAUUAUUCAGGAAUUCUUAGAAUCCACUGCGGAUAUUUUCUAUGUACAUAAUCUGUUUUAUAAAAUUAUUAAAACUAUUCACUGAACAGAA